CACUUUGUGACCAAUGUAGGAAUCUUUCGAAAUAAUUUUAUCUCUUUUUAUUCCAAACACCCGUCAUCAACAUGACUAAGGGUACAUCCAGCUUUGGUAAACGCCACAAUAAGACACAUACAUUGUGCAGACGAUGUGGUAGAUCAUCUUAUCACAUUCAAAAAUCAGAAUGUGCACAAUGUGGAUAUCCAGCUAAGAAGAUGCGUUCUUACAACUGGUCUGUCAAGGCCAAGAGGAGGAAGACCACUGGAACUGGCCGUAUGCGUCACCUCAAGCUUGUCCGCAGGAAGUUCAAAAAUGCUUUCAGAGAAGGCCCAAAGCCAAAAGCAACUGCUGCCAAGUAACUCCAAUUUAAUUUUUAACUACAUCAAUAUAUAAACAAAUGUCUGUUAAUAAUUAAUAAAUAAAAAACCAGGAUUAAUUACAA